AGUGCCAAAUCGGCUGUCGUUGUGCGCGGUUGUUGUUUAUUCGCUGUUAUAAUUCGUUCUUCGGGUUGCCUUAGCCUUGCCACAGACGCGUCUUUGGUUUGUUGUUGUUUAUAUGCUAUGCUUAGCCAGCAUAGUAAUCACAAUAAUCUAUUUGCAAUUAAAAGCUUCUGUCCAUCAAUUGCAUACAAUUGCCUAAUAUAUGUAUUAAUAUACUAUGUGUAAAUGUGUGUGUGCGUUUGUUUGUGCCGGCGUCGGUGUGUCUGCAACUAAAUAUAUAUGUCUCUAACUCAUCUGCCUAGUUCAGUUCUUGUGCUUCAAGUGCUGCAAAUAAACCGAUCUGCAACAAACAUCAAAAUGCGUCGAGCUGUCGUCUCGUUGAUCUAUUAUUAGAUUUACAGGCUGCCCAGCUGCACAUCCCCCUUCGCAAAAAAAAUUGACACGCACAAAAGACCAGAAAAAAGAAGCAACAAAGAAAUUGAGAAUUAAUUAAAUGUGCAACAUUUAAAUCAACUCACACGUUGCACAACACGCUACAAACUCCCAAUUAAAAGAGGCCAUAUAUAAAACGUGCUUUUCGCGAUGAUAAAAAGUUUGCGUUAAUUGAAAGAGUUCAAAAAUAUAAAGUAAAUUUAGUGCAUAAUAUCAUACAAUUGGAAGACACUUUGGUAUCAAUUACUUGUCCAAAAUGUGCAACCUACUCUUCAUCAUGCUGACAGCUCUGCUGAUAUUCGAGACAUUGACAACCCUGGCGCUGAGCAGCGACGGAAACGUGGGCGGCAGCGUUGGCGGCUCCACAGUUAACAAUGUCAUACAGGAGGAUCCUGAAUUCACGGACGUCAUUGAUAACAUAACAGUACCAGCGGGACGCAAUGUCAAAUUGGCCUGUUCGGUCAAAAAUCUCGGCUCGUAUAAGGUGGCGUGGAUGCACUUCGAGCAGUCGGCCAUUUUGACGGUGCACAAUCAUGUGAUAACACGUAAUCCGAGGAUUAGCGUGACGCACGAUAAGCACGACAAACAUCGCACCUGGUUUCUGCACAUCAACAACGUGCAGGAGGAGGACAUGGGACGCUACAUGUGCCAAAUCAACACGGUGACGGCCAAAACCCAAUAUGGCUUUGUCAAAGUUGUCGUGCCACCAAACAUUGACGAUGCGCUGACCUCCAGUGAUGUCAUUGUGCGCGAGGGCGAUAAUGUCACCCUCCGUUGCAAGGCGAAAGGCAGCCCAGAGCCGUCCAUCAAAUGGAAACGAGAUGACAACCAUAAAAUUGUCAUCAACAAGACGCUCGAAGUGAAUGACCUGGAAACAGAUUCAUUGGAACUCGAGCGCAUCUCUCGCCUGCACAUGGGUGCUUAUCUCUGUAUUGCCUCAAAUGGUGUGCCGCCCAGCGUCUCCAAGCGCAUCAAAGUCAGCGUUGACUUUUCGCCAAUGGUCUGGAUUCCCCAUCAGCUUGUUGGCAUUCCUAUGGGCUUCAAUGUCACGCUUGAGUGCUUCAUCGAGGCAAAUCCCACAUCGCUCAAUUAUUGGACGCGCGAGAAUGAACAAAUGAUAACCGAGUCAUCAAAGUACAAAACCGAAACGAUUCCGGGCCAUCCAUCGUACAAGGCGACAAUGCGCCUGACGAUUACCAAUGUGGAGGGCAGCGAUUAUGGCAACUACAAAUGUGUCGCCAAAAAUCCUCGUGGCGACAUGGAUGGCAACAUAAAACUCUACAUGUCCAGUCCACCAACCACACAACCACCGCCCACAACCACAACAUUGCGCACCACAACAAUAACAAUGAACUUGCCCUAUGACUCGAAUACGCCCUUCAAUGGCUUCGGCGGGGAUGUGCCCACGAACUCGGUGAUUGUGAUUGACAAAUUGGGCAUUAAAUACCAAUCGAAUUUAAAUGAGAUCGGCAAGUCCGAACAGAAACUUAUGGGUAGCAAUCCGGAAGGCUAUGACUGGUCCAAGGGCAAAAGUGGCGCUGGAAAAUCACCUGGCUUUGUCUGUUUGCUGUUAACGUUUCUCUCGCUGCUGGCAACGUAUUCGCAUCAUUAAAAAUAAGAGGAAACUGUAUUAAUAAAGUGCCAUUACAAAAUAAAAAUAUAAAAAAAAAACAACUAAAAAUUGACACAAAAAAAAAAACAAAAA